CCCAAUUGCAAAGGAGGAAAAAAAAUUACCAGCUUCUCCCUGCAUUUUCCAACGGUCAUCAAACGAGGCUUGACUUUUUCUCUUCUUCUUUUUCUUUUCUCUUCCCUUGAAGAUUCAGCCAAACCCCGUGAGUGAUAUCAAGAUCGACAAGACGACGCGGCAUUUCCUUUUGCUGGGCAGCGAUUGGUCACCGGCCGACGACAGACCAUGAGAGGCGUUGCUGCUGGGCCGCCGACGGUGAAAUCGCCGUCGGGGAGGACGAGGGCGAAUACGUGGAGUUUCAGCAAGGUCGAGGACACAAAGAUAUGCGUUGUCAUGGUUGGUCUCCCGGCCCGCGGGAAGAGCUACAUUGCCCAGUUAGCCCAGAGAUACCUGCAAUGGCUGUCGAUUCCGGCAGCGACUUUCAAUGUCGGCAACUAUCGGCGCAAUGACGCUCCACAGCCGACUGCCGACUUCUUUGAUUUUAACAAUCCCGAAGGAGAGCGGAAGCGCCGUGCGGCUGCCGAGGCCGCCGUUGCUGACAUGCUUGCCUGGUUCCGCACCGGCGGCGUGGUCGGCAUCCUGGACGCGACCAAUUCUACAAAGGAGCGCCGUAAAUGGGUCAUGGAUACGUGCACCGCUCACGGCAUUGAAGUGCUUUUUGUCGAGAGCAAAUGCGAUGAUGAAGAGGUCAUCAUGGCCAAUAUCCGUGACGUCAAGCUAACGAGCCCCGACUAUCGCGGCCAAGAUCCCGAGGCCGCGGCCCAGGACUUCCGCAAUCGCAUCAGCCACUACGAGAAAGUUUACAAGACCAUCAACGCCGACGAGGAUGAGGACAACUACACUUACCUAAAGCUGAUGAAUGUCGGCAAGCAAGUCAUCAUUAACCGCAUUCAAGACUAUCUUCAGAGUCGCAUCGUCUACUACCUCAUGAAUCUGCAUAUCCGGCCCCGAUCAGUCUGGUUGUCAAGGCACGGAGAAUCUCUAUAUAAUCUGAGUGGCCGCAUUGGUGGCGACAUGCUGUUGUCUCCCCGAGGCGAGCUGUAUGCCAAGAAGCUACCAGAUUUGGUGCGAGAGUCUGUCGGGGAUGACCGCCCUCUGACGGUGUGGACCUCGACAUUGAAACGUACCAUUGCCACGGCCAGAUUUCUCCCGCCUCACUACAACCAACUGCAGUGGAAGGCCCUGGACGAAUUAGAUUCGGGCGUGUGCGACGGUUUGACGUAUCAGGAAAUCAAGGAUCGCUACCCCGAAGACUUUGCAGCCCGCGAUGAGGACAAGUACAACUACCGAUACCGCGGUGGCGAGUCUUACCGCGAUGUAGUCAUUCGCCUGGAGCCCAUCAUAAUGGAACUGGAACGUAGUGAGGACAUCCUCAUUGUGACGCACCAGGCAGUUUUGCGCUGCAUUUAUGCAUACUUUAUGAAAAAGGACCAGGCCAAGAGUCCCUGGAUGAAUGUGCCGCUUCACACAUUGAUCAAGCUAACCCCAAGGGCGUAUGGCACCGAGGAGGUUCGUUAUGAGGCUCACAUUCCUGCUGUGAGCACUUGGAGAGGAAAGGGAAGUACCGCUAAGCACGAGAAUCCCACUCCCGAGAGCCUCUGAGCAGUCGCGAGAUGAGAGCUGUUGGGGGAAGAAAUGAAGGACAGGGUGAGGAUAUAUUGGAAGCAUAUAAGUUGAAAGUUGAUCAUCAACUGAGAGCAUCUGGAGUUUGGGGGAGAUUAAGGAUCAGAAUCGCCGACCAGCGGCACAAAAGGGCUAGUAUACCAUCUUAUUUACGCUUGUACUCAUGUGGUUAUUGGAUUGGAAAUGGUGUAUCUUGUACACGGAAUGCAUUGUCAUCGGCCAAGGAUUAAGGGGUGAGUUUAUGAUUGCUCGACUCUAAAUAAAAAUGUAAUAAUCCAUCGAUUCCUC